CAAUUUUUUUUAGAAGUAAGAAUUGCAUGAAAUGUCUGAUGAAUUGCCUAAUUUUAAUGAUAGUAUAUUAAAUUCCGAGACAAUUUCUAGCAUCAGUCCUAAAUCGAAUAAUGAUAAAUCUUAUUACAAUAUUACAACAAUUUGCAAAGAAGCAGUAUCUUACAUUGAUAACCAAAAUAUGAAUACACCUGAUUAUAAAGGAGUAGACAUCAUGAAUAUAAGUAAGAUUGUUUCUACACAAGAGACAAAUGUUAAAUAUAAUCAUCACAACAUUGAAACACUCAAUGAAACAGAGUUGCAUGAAAAGUACAAGCAAUUACAGGAUGAAUUAAAUGAAGGAGAUGAAAAUUCUGGAAACAAAAGUGUACAUUCUACCAAUUAUGAAGAUGUUAUCCUUAAGAACGAUAACAGUAUUCCUUCUCCGCAAAAUGAGUUAAAUUCUACGAAUUCUGACGAAUCCAAAGACGAAUCUAAAAAUUCUGAAGCAAGCCCACAAGAAUAUGGCGAUCAUAACAUACAAAUAUCACCAACAAAUGAAAUAACUUGUCCGAAUCCAAACUAUGAUAAAGAAAAUGAAAUAGAGCAUAUGUCUCCUGAUAAUAACCAUUCACAUUCUUCUAGCCAGUCUUUAAACGACCUGCAAAAUCAAAAUGACAGAGAACCUAUAGAUUCGCCAUUAGAUUAUUUGGCAUCUUCUAAUAUCGAAAAUCCCAGCUCACUAAACCCGUAUUCACCUGUUACGCCAAACGAUAUCGAAGCUGACAUGCACAUACCUAAUAUAAUAGAAGGAGAAGAAGUUGUUGUUUCAGACAAUAAUAAUAAUAUGAAAAUCAUUGAGCAAGUCACCAAUAAACACGUGGCAGACAUAUUUGGAACAUCCGAUUCGGAAAAUGAAACAGGAAGCUUUGAAGGAUUCCGGGAUUCGGAAAUAGAGUUGGAGGAACAGGAAGGAGAAGCAUCUCUCUUUGAAGGAAAGAAAAGAAAACUUAAACAUAAGAGGUCUGGUAGGGAAUCCGAGGAUUCUGACGACGCGCAUGACCGACUCAAAACACAUCGAAAACACGAUCAUCCAUCUACUGAUCAAGAUGAUACUCAUGCCGCCAUUUUACCCGUACUCACGGAUGACGAAGAGGAAGGAGAAGGGAAUCAACGCGCAAAAGGGGGACAAGGUGGCCAUGAUGAAGAAAAUAAUUUGGGCGUUUUGAGCGAUUUCGACCGUAUGAUGGAACUCAAAAAAAUCGAAGCUCGCAAAUGGAGGGAAAAUCGGAAAAGAUUCAAUUAUUACAGUGGAGGACCUUCUUCUUCCAAGAACAAGGAUGGGACUGGAGAUUUCGUUAACGAUAGCGACGAUCUAGCCCACGCGUUGAUCGAUAAGAUGAAAAUGGCUUGGGAGGAAGAUAGAAUGCUUAAUAAUAGGAAACAGCCGGCUUUCAAGAAACUAAGACUGUUACCCGUCAUAACAGCUCAUCUGAGGAGGGUUGAUUUACAAGCAGCUUUCUUGGAGGCAGGAAUCCUUUCAGCAUUUUCGGACUGGCUGCAACCUCUCCCGGACAAAAGCUUACCACAUUUACAAAUACGGGAAGAAAUUUUGAAAGUCUUGCUUGAAUUACCACCUGUAGAUGUGAGCGCCCUAAAAGCUAGUUUUAUCGGAAAGUCCGUCAUGUACCUUUUUAAGCACCCCAAAGAAACCAAACAAAACAAAGAUAGAGCCGGAAAACUGAUUAACGAAUGGUCCCGUUAUAUUUUCAACAUUCCGACCGAUUACAAGGCCCUUUCGAAGGAAGAGAGGGAAGAAAGGGAUUAUUACCUGAUGAACCAUUUUCACCAAAAGACCAGUAAAAAUGCUGAAUCGUCCGAAAAUUUUAACAAAUCAAAACAAAAAGAAUCUAUCGAAUCCGAAUCUAAAACAAACACUUCCACCGCAAGCACCAGAUUUGGGCGAGCGAGAAUUCCGCAGCCGUCCGCGAAAGAUUACGUUAUUAGACCAAAAUCGCGGAUCAAUAUCAUGGAAAUCAAUCAAAAAAGACCCAUACUCUCAGCUAAAAAUAGCAGGAUGGAAAAGCUCAAGAAAAUAAUGUCAGCCAGAAAAUUGGGUUCUAGCAACAAAAACAGGAGAUCGCUCGAUAUUAGUAUCGUAGGAAAGAAAAUGCCUUUUUGAUUAAAUAGAUUGUUUUAGUAAGAAAAAUUUGCAAAAUUAAAAAUGGUUGGAACUAAUUGUUUAAAACCGCAAGAGAUAUCUCGCUCCACAAAUUUAUCUAUUCGAUUAUUUUUA